CCGCCGGCCGGUCCGGUGCAUCGACUUUUUCGUGUAUUUCCGAUUCCGUUGCGGUCGGACUCGGUUAUUUUAUUAUAGUUUAACACUACCGGUACUAGUGAUAAUAUAGUUAGGCGCUGACAGGCCGUGCGAUAUUAUACUUGUAUUGUGUUCUCCGCUUUAGCUGUAAACGACGGCCGACACAUGACUGUUCCUAGUUUCCGGUUUUCACGUCCGGUCGUAGUCGUGGUUGUUUUGCUACUGCAAGUACUGCUCAUCCCGCCGCCGACGGAAGGGUCUCCCGAUAAGUGCCGGCUGGUCCGUUCUCUCCGCGACGAGAUCGCAGGCUAUCGUCCAGUUGUAGACCGCGUGCUCUCGUACGUCCAGGACCAGAAAGGAUACAAGGGCAGGACAUGGACCGCUCUGUCCGAUUUCACAGAUACGUUUGGCUCCCGGUUGGCCGGCACUCAAAACCUCGAGAAUUCCAUCGAUUAUAUGCUGAACAGACUUAGGAACAGCGACCUAGACAAUGUACACGCCGAACGCGUCGUGUUCACGGGAUGGCAAAGACGUAAAGAAUACGCUACGUUGGUGAGUCCUAGGGUCAAGAAUCUAGCAAUUUUGGGUCUGGGUGGCAGUGUCAGCACGCCUCCGGAAGGCAUUAGGGCUGAAGUGGUGGUGGUCAAUUCGUUCGACGACCUAUUCAAUAAAUCUUCACAGGUCAGUGGUAAAAUCGUCGUGUACAAUCAACCGUACGUGUCGUACGGAAAAACUGUGGUAUACAGAUCGAUGGGAGCAAGUGUGGCAUCUAAGUACGGUGCCUUAGCCACGUUGAUCAGAUCCAUCACUCCAUUCUCGUUGAACACACCUCACGCCGGCGAUCAGAGUUACAGCGAUGGCGUGAAAAAGAUACCGACUGCCUGCAUCACGGUCGAGGACGCCGAACUCUUAAACAGGAUGUAUAACCGAGGUUCCAAAUUAGAGAUUUUUUUGAAAAUGGACUCAAAGUUCUUUGCCAACGCCACAUCCCGAAAUACUAUUGCCGAAAUCAAAGGUUCGACUGAUCCCGAUAAAGUAGUAUUGGUAUCGGGGCACCUGGAUAGCUGGGACGUGGGGCAAGGUGCAAUGGACGACGGUGGAGGUGCAUUUAUAAGUUGGAAUAGUCUCGUCGUACUGAAAAAUCUGGGGCUUCGACCCAAAAGAACGAUAAGAUGUUUACUGUGGACAGCUGAAGAAGAAGGAUAUAUAGGGGCCUUUGCGUAUUUAAAAGCGCAUAAAUCAGAACUUGAAAAAUUUAAUUUGGUCAUUGAAUCGGACGAAGGGACGUUUCAACCAUACGGAAUUGCGUUUCAUGGUUCUGAAACAUCCGCGUGCAUUAUGGCCGAAGUGGCAAAAUUGUUUGACUCCAUCAAUGCAACUACCAUGCAAUCCAGCAAAGAUAACGUUGGGUCGGACAUCGAAGUAUUUGAAAAUAUGAAUAUACCCGGUUUGAGUUUGUUGAAUAGAAACGAAAAAUAUUUUUGGUAUCAUCAUACAGAAGCUGAUACGAUGACCGUCGAGGAUCCAGAUUCGUUAGAUUUAAACACUGCAAUGUUUGCAGUUAUAUCGUACAUCAUUGCUGAUUUAUCUGUAGAAUUGCCAAAAUCAUAAACAUCGUAAAACAUUUAUAUUGACUGACGCGUGUAAAAUUCAAACCAUUUUCUACGAAUAGGAUAAAAGUUAUGUUAAAAUUAUAUUUUAAUCAUUAGUUUUGUAUAUGAAAAUAUAUAAUACAAUUAUUAUAC